AAUGAAAUUCAAAAAAUUAAUAAAAUCAUAUCUCAAUUUGACUCCAAAUUUCUUCUACAAAUUAAUCAUAUCCUCUCUAAUACUUUAAAUUAUACAAAAGAAGAGGAGAUAUUUCAAACUAUUCGUAAAAUAUCUGAUGUGCAGAGAAAGAAUGCAUUAAAUCUUAUUGAAUUAAUGUGA